AUGUCACUCUCUUCCUUCCCUCAUGAACUCAUCGCCCACAUCGUCUCCUACCUGCAGGACGUCUCCAGCCUGCGGACCGCCGCGCUAUUACACCCCACAUUUAGGCCAUGGGUCCGCGACGCGCUUUUCCACACCGUUCGGCUCACGCACACCAACGUUUUCGCUUUCCGCGAACUUGUGCAGUCGUCACCCGCGGUGCUGCCCUACAUACGCAAGCUGGAUAUGAUGCCAGUGGGCGGAAGGAACACCAGCUUCGUGACGUUAGACCCGGGGACGCUACUCAAGUGCGAAGCGGUGGCGGCGCUGAAGACCUACAGCGAUCCAUUUGGGUUCCGCCAUUUGGGUAGCGCGGAGUGGAAGACGUUGCAGGGUGCUGUGAAGGGACUGAAGAAGCUGGAGCUAUUGGUGGAUCGGCUUUAUCCACUUUCGUACUGGGCCACACUCCUUGACUCGUGCGAGAGCCUGGAGAGCAUCGACAUCACCGUGGAUUCAGGCGUCAACGGGUGGACCACAGAGGAUGUCGAGGUGGAAAUUCCUGGAAGGGCAACGGACGCAGGGUGGUCAAUGUCGCUGCAAAGCUUGUGUGUGUCCGGCGAGGUGAAGGUCCUCACGCCGCUAUCUCGCUGGCUCCUUCCCCGAAAAGCGCUAGAUCGGCUGGUCACUCUCGAAUUGGAUGUCUACUACCUCCACGACGACUAUGGGCCGCCAGAGGAGGAUCGUCGUAGUUCACUUGUCUCCGCAGCAAUGGGCUCGGUGCGGGAACUGACCUUACAUUUGGAUCCUCCUGUACCGCUUAAUUCAUCCUCGAACAUCCAUCUGACGGUCGCAUCGUUUCCAAAUCUGACCAAGCUGCUCCUUCGCGAUGGGCCCGAUGCCGAGCUCGUCGACUCCCUCGCGUGGACGGCGUCAUUCCUCGCUCUCCCGCUCGACCAGCAGCACUCUAACCUGGCACAAAUCACCCUUGACCACGGCAUCCGGCGGCGCGAUCUCCUUGCUGUACCGAAUGAGACUUGGGCCCGCCUCGAAGAAACACUGCUUUCCGCAUCCGACUUCCCGGCAUUCCCGGCCCUGGCUUCAUUCACCUUUGCCAACCCGCACAAGUUCUCGUUCGCGCAUCCGGACUCGAUACCGGCGCCGGACAAACGCUUCGUCGAGGAGUAUGUGCGGGGCCGCCUGCCUCGCCUCGCUCAGGCUGAAAGAGGGAGGGUGAAGCUGGAAUUUGGGGGUGACGCGGAUGCGCUCAGGCGGCGGAUGUGGGAGCGCAGGAUGGUUAACUGA